AUGGACCCAAGCGAUUCCAACUCCGCCGCAGGAGGAAAGACACAAAAUGUUUCAGUACCGCCUGUUGAAGGUGUAGCUGGAGGAGGGACUAGCUAUGGAUGGGUGGAUGGAGGCUUGCGGGGUACAAAUCUUGGUGCUGGUGUGAUUGAUCCUACAAAAGUACACUCAGAAGAUCUUUUGCACGUCUGGUCUAUGCCCAGCACAGCAAAUGUUAGCCAGCAAGAAGCACCUCGACCUCUAGAGAAAGUCAACCUUUUGGCAGCAAGAAAUGAAAGGGAAAGUUUUCAAAUUGCUUUACGCCCAAAGGUUUCGUGGGCAACUUCAGGUAUUGCAGGGUCUGUGCAGAUACAAUGCACCGAUCUCUGCUCCUCCUCAGGAGACAGGUUAGUCGUUGGUCAGUCCAUAACUUUGCGACGUGUGGUGCCUAUCUUAGGUGUACCAGAUGCUCUUGUUCCUAUUGAUCCACUCAGUCCUCAAGUAAAUCUUCAACCAGGGGAGACAGCUGCAGUUUGGGUAUCAUUAAAUGUUCCAUGUGGGCAACCGCCUGGUUUAUAUGAGGGUGAAAUAUUCAUUACUGCAGUUAAGACAGAAUUAGAUUCCAGAACAGAAUCUCUACCAAAAUUUGAAAAGUACAGGCUAUAUAGAGAAUUAAGAAGUUGUCUUGACCUCAUUGGACCCAGAGACUACUCGUCACCGGAGGAAAUGGUACAAAGACUAACAUCAGCUUCUACUGCACUGAGGAGGGUGUUGGAUAAUCCAGCACUCCAGGAUUGUCAAGAGAGUAAUGGAUUUGGAGACAUGAUGGAUGAAGAUGUUAUGAACAAUGUUUCAGUUCGCUUGAAGUUAAGCCUUACUGUUUGGGAUUUCACUCUCCCAGUGACACCUUCUUUACCUGCUGUUUUUGGUAUAUCUGAAACUGUCAUUGAAGAUCGAUUCUGUUUGGAGCAUGGCACUGAAGGAUGGUAUAGUGCACUGGAUCAUCACUUUAGGUGGCUCCUCCAAUAUAGAAUUAGUCCAUUUUUCUGCAGAUGGGGUGAUAGCAUGCGCAUUCUAGCAUACACAUGCCCUUGGCCUGCUGAUCAUCCGAAGGCUAAUGAAUAUUACUCUGACCCAAGAUUAGCAGCAUAUGCUGUACCCUAUGCACCUAUCCUAUCAUGUACGGAUGCUGCAAAAAAUUCCCUGAGGAGAGAGGUUGAAAUCUUAAAAUCAAAGCCUCAUUGGUCCAAAGCUUACUUUUAUUUGUGGGAUGAGCCAUUAAAUGUGGAACAGUAUGACAUGAUAUGCAACAUCUCUAAUGAGCUACGGUCAUAUGCACCUGAUGUGCGAAUUUUGACAACUUACUAUUGUGGCCCAAGUGGCUCUGAACUGGCUCCCUCUACAUUUGAAGCUUUUGUGAAAGUUCCAAAUGUUCUGCGUCCGCACACGCAAAUCUUUUGCACAAGUGAAUGGGUUCUUGGCACAAGAGAAGACCUAGUGAAGGAUAUUGUUGCUGAAUUACGGCCUGAUCUUGGUGAGGAGUGGUGGACAUAUGUUUGUAUGGGCCCUUCUGAUCCUCAACCAAACUGGCAUAUUGGGAUGCGUGGAACCCAGCACCGGGCAGUGAUGUGGAGAGUGUGGAAGGAAGGUGGGACAGGAUUCCUUUAUUGGGGUACCAACUGCUAUGAGAAGGCUAUGAUCCCAAGUGCUGAGAUCUGUUUCCGACGUGGCCUUCCUCCUGGCGACGGUGUCCUGUUUUACCCUGGUGAAGUGUUUUCUUCGUCACAUGAACCAGUUGCUUCCACCCGGCUAGAGCGCAUUCUCAGUGGCAUGCAGGACAUCGAAUACCUGAAGCUUUAUUCUUCACGGUAUGGAAGGGAGGAAGGCCUGGCCCUUAUGGAGAAGACUGGCAUGUAUCUUGGCCCGGAUCGAUAUACGCUGGAUCAUGGACCGGUAGAUGUGAUGCGGGCGCAGGUUACACCCUCGAAACGAAAGGCGCAUUCAAUCGCGUUCCUGCCGUGA